CUGAGUUAUUUUCCCUUUUUCUCUAUUCAUUAUCCAUAGUUGUUUGACCAGUAAUAAAGAAUAGUUCAAGGUGAGAAAAUAGUGGAUGGGAAUGUAUCAAGGCUGUAGACUGUUGGGGCAACACAGAAAGAGUAAUGCAAAAAUUUCUACAUUUGAUUGGAUAACGACAGCUAUUUCUGUAAAAGUGUAAAACACAACUAGUGUAAUCAAGUAUUGUCCAUUUCCACAAAUAAACAAAAAGGGCAAUAGACCAAAUACGUAUCUCUUCUUUUUAUUCUCAAGGAAAAAGAGAGAGAGAACCAUCUUUAUUCAAAUAGAAGCAAAUUUAUGAGCUCCGGCUUUAUUUCUGUCAGAACAACCAAAAAAAAAAAAGGAACCCUGUUGCGCAAUGAGUCAUCCUUAUUACCCAAAAGACUUGUCCAUUCCUGAUUAUGUGCCUAAUCUAAAAAGUCAAUUAGAACUAUUCUUGAUUAUGGGAGGUGUGUUUGUCUGUCUUGCGGCUGUCUUUUAUAGAUUAGGACAGAGUAGUGGAUCCCCUUUGAAAUUCAUAUGGUUUAUGAUCUGUGGACUGUUGCAUUGUGGUUUUGAACUAUACUAUGCCUUGAAUGUAGGAUAUAUUGCUGGUCAAAACAAUCUUCUUGCACAACUCUGGAAAGAAUACGCAAAAGGAGACUCUCGAUACGUGAUUUAUGAUACAUCACUUUUGGCACUGGAAAUCAUGACAAUAAUUAUCUAUGGACCCCUUUGCUUCCUUACGGCUUAUACUAUUUGGAUCAAGUCAAGCAAACAGUAUUUCUUUCAACUCGUUGUUUCCAUGUGUCAUUUGUUGAGUUGUACACUCUAUUUUCUAACUGAAUUACCAGACGCUGCCCAUUGUCAUCCGGCUUACUUUUGGGGAUAUUUUCUUUCAAUGAAUGCACCUUGGAUUAUAGUUCCUUUGCUUUGGAUUGUUCAAUCUUAUAAACACAUCAAUCGAGCCUUUGAAAAUAGAAUCAAAACAGAAUAAACUGAUCCUCCCAAGGCAUGAAUUUCCCCCCUU